AUGUCUUCGUCCCAGUUGUUUUACGAGAGUGUGAAAGGUUCUCAUGAGUUUAAGAUAAACGGAUAUACUUAUUCAAAGGGAACAGGGGUCGCUAAGUCCUCGAAUAGUGGCAGAUUUACAGUUGGUGAUUAUGAUUGGUUUAUAAGUUUUUUUGCAGGCGGCUGUGAUCAUGGUAGCGAGGAGUACAUAUCCGUGUUCAUUGAGCUAGCUAGCCCUGGAGAAGUUAGCGCAUCGGUUGAAUUCAAACUACUGGACCAACGCCGAGAAGUGCAAAUUGGCCUGGUGCAACUCAUUCAAACUAAUGCAUAUGAAGUCCACAAGUGUCCAUGUCAAACUUUUGAACCAGAUAGGAAAGUGGACACUGUUAUUAAGAAAUUAGCAUCCCACUCUUGCUCACUAGAUUUUCCAAAGCUGGGUAACAUUCUACUAAUAUUUGUAGAGAUGGAGAAUCAAAGUGUAUAUGAAAGGCCGGAGUUCGAGACCUCAAAUUAUCUCAAGGAUGAUCGUCUUAGCAUUCAUGGUACAGUCAGCAUAGUGCAAACUCGUUUUGAAGAGGAUAAACGUUAUGUUAUUCAUGUACCUCCAUCAAAUAUGAUUCAAAAUGUCAAGGGUUUGCUGGAAUCUGAGGUUGGUUCUGAUGUUACUUUUCACAUCGGCAGUGAAGAAUUCAGAGCUCAUAAGUCGAUUCUUGCGGCUCGAUCUCCUGUAUUUAAAGCUAUGUUUUUUGGACUAGUGGGCAAUCCAGACAUGAAAACAGUAGUUAUUGAAGAGUUUGAUCCCUUUGCUUUUAAGGCAAUGUUGCUAUUUUUGUACUCGGAUGAACUUCCUGAAGCGCAUGAACUUUCUGAUUUAGAUUCUGUUUGCACUUCAACUACACUCAUGCAACAUAUGUUAGCUGCCGCUGAUCGCUUUGAUCUUGCUCGAUUGAAACUCAUGUGUGAAGCAAAAUUAUAUGAAGAUAUAGCUGCAAAUACAGUGGCAGACACACUGUCCCUAGCAGAACGAUACCAAUGCCAGGAACUGAAAACUGCUUGUCUAAACUUUGCAGCUAAACCUAAAAAUUUAGGAGAGGUUAUGAAGUCUGAUGGGUACUCAAAUGUGGAGAAGUGGUGUCCCUCACUAUUGACAGAUCUGUUGAAGAAGUGCAUGCGGUUAUAA